AUGUCUGCCGAUGACCCGUUCUCCUUUCUGCCCGCGGAGCAGACAAAACCCGCGAAGAAACCCCAUUGGAAAAGCAAACUGUUCUCCAAGGAUAAGAACAAAGCCGCGUCGCAUCAACAUCAAGAAAUCGCGGACUUCUUGAGCUCUCGCACCCCAGAGUCAGCUCCCACUCCCCCGCCCAUCGAUCCAAGACACAUCCCCCCGCAAAACGUUACUGCCCACCGCUUUCCUUCCUCACAAGACGUCUCCGGAUACCCUCCCUCCACAGUGUCCGUGCCGGCGCCAGCGUCAGUGUCAGCGCCAGUCUUGCCUAACGACAACUAUGUCCCUUUCAAUUUCUCAGACCAAUCUCAUGCGGUGCUUGCCCCCGCUCCCGCCUCUGCCAAGCCCGGUGGUCGCAAAGGCAAAGGGCUGCGGGUGGGUUUCAGCCCUCAAACCCCAGAAGUGAUUGGCGAAGGAGGCGAUGAGACGGAAUCGCCAACGAUUGAGAUUUCACGGGCUCGUGAAAGGUCGGACAGCAGGGGAACCCAGUCUGGCAAUACCCCUACGUCCCUCUCGGACCCUUCGCGAUCGCAUCUGCCAAAUCUCCGACUUGACACAUCGCUGGGCGAUGGUGAUGCGCGAUCCGGACAGUCGACUUAUUCACCCCUGCGUGAUAGAUCGGACUGGAAACCCCCGCUGAUGCAGAAUCCACAGGAUGCAGACUUCCUGAGCGCGUUGCCUUCGAGCGACAGCGGUUCUCGAUUGUCAUUCCGUGGUGAUACCGAGGCGAGUUCAUUCGCACAACGCGUCCGCGACAAGAUGCAAGCGGAGGAAGGUCGCGCAUUGCAUCAUCGUUAUGAGGAAGAUGCAUUGUCUCCUGGAGCUGACGACGAUGAUAUCUCAACUCCCCCCAGCCCUCCUAGCCCGGAAUCUCCCAUAAAAGCUUAUAAUCCUGGAUCGGCCUACGAAACAGCCCCAACGGCGGGAUCUCCGCAUGCGCCGUCAAUUUCUCUGUCAAUGCGGUCUAUUGUCGAUUCGAUUCGGAACCCCCAAAGCCCCUCAACACAACGCGCCCCAGCGAAUCUCAGUCCCAUUGACCCACGAAUGCCCACAAAUCUCAUCCCAGGUAGCCCCGGCAAGGUUUCACCAACACAGGCCAAACCACCACCCCAGGCCCUGCCUGUAUCGAACCGGGCUUCACCUCCCAGUCGCGAAGGCCAGGAGCCGCCACGCAGCGCCCAACCCCCUAAGUUCUCUCUUCGAAACGUUGCCAACCAAGUUGGCGAUACCGCAUUUUCCGAAUUCAAAGAGUACAAUGCACGAUAUGAGAGUUCUAUCAAGCUCGCAGCAGAGGAUGUUAAGCCAUUAGUAGAGACGUCGCUAGCAGAAUGGAUCCGAGCAGCGGUCUGGUGGUUUUUGCGAGGAAAGACGCGAUUGGAAGCAUAUGCUCGUUCCCGUUCCACACUGCCACCUACCUACGCCAAGCAAGCUGUGAUCGAUCUUGGAAAGGCAUUAUGGAUAAAUGAAAAUAUUGUGCCCAGUCAUCAUGAACUCUCUCGAUACGGCGCCAUGGGCGUUGACGCCCUACUGGCCGUUGCGAGUACCACCGGCGAUAAGGAGUUGGCCGAUCUUCUGGGUAUACAUCACAAUCUCAUCAAUCACCUCCGGUCGCUGUCCAUGUCCGUGAAACGAAACAACAUCCUCGCCGUGGUUGUUUCGGACGAAGGAUCUCCCACCCAGCUGGAUACUAGUAUCUGGUUGCGUUACCCUUUCUAUGCGCCCGACGUCUCAGCAGUUUUAUCUGGUGCGGCAACGAGAUCAAUGUUGGCAGAUAACGCGGGAAAGACACCAAGUUUGGUUCACAUGAUGCCUUUGGGUGACACAAGUCGAUACUUCAGCUAUGGUAGCAUGUUCGUGCAGGUCUGCGUCAGCUCCAGUGAUGAUGACGGGCAACAGCAAUAUGCCAUGCCCUGCGCAUUGACCAUCGUCCGCGAACGAGCGGAUUGGUAUGUCUUUGCGGCAGUCACUAGCCAAAGUCAACUUGUCAACAUUUUGAUUCAGUCCGAUCGCAAGCAGGGUCCGACUUGGGAGGAUGUGGAUUGGCAAGUCCGGUCCCAUUCUAUGCGAGUCAAGCUCCCCCGAGGAUUCGAGUUGGACGUCAUGUUCAAGGAAGACGAUUUCAAGACGCUUUGGAAUAUCGUAAAAUAUACCCAGAAGUCCGAGAAUAGUCUCCAUCCGGAGGCAGGUGAAACCGUUGUAUUUGAGAAUACUCUGAAGGUUUUCCAAUAUAUGGAUCCUGGUACACCAAAGGCAUUCCCUCCUGACCCUACAGAAAGAUGUCGAAUCCGUCUGUUCGAGCGAUCUGUCACUGUGACAGAAGGCACUGGUACUCGCAAUGCGCAUCGGGGAUUCCGACUAGCUGUCCUAACAAGCCCUAAGGUCAAGACUUUGAGCAGCAUUCGGCAUACCUUAGGCAACGGCUCACCGAUAGUGUUCGGUCUCUUGCGAGGAGAGGAUGGUGCUCCCGCUCUUCUCCUCAAAGUGACCGAGGACGGCCGUACGAGAUCCAUGUUGAUGACUUUCCAUGAGGUAGCUGAGCGUACGAAAAUGCAUUCCGUGCUGCUCGGCAUGAUUCCACGGGAGGGAGAGGUCAAGUCACCCGAAUUCGCCAUCCAGUCUUAUUGCAUUGAACAGCCAGAAGAUCCAUUCACCGGCCAACCCGCGGUCAAAUACCUCCAGUUCCCCGCCGGAAGCGUGUCAGUUAUUGACCAAAAGCAUGCUUACGUCGACCAUGGUUAUGGACCGACGAUUCUAUCAGAACAUCUGAGGGCCUUUAUCGCCACUGAAUGGGGCUCUGUGACGGAUCGCAUCAACUUAGGACCUGGUGAAUUGAAAAUUGGCUUGGACGUCCAGAGCAAGACGAGCAUGAGCUUGUUCCGCUCCGCGCAGCAGGAUCUGACCCUUUCGCUUGCGGAUAACCUCAUCCGCCCUGAACUGCCUGGGCAGUUAACCGGCUUCCUCGAGAAGAUUACGGCGAAGCCUAUGAUCCGCCGGCUGGACUUCCCCACCAUGGAGGAUCUUCAUGCCUUCGAAGCAGCUGUUACCGGCUUCCAGGUGCUUUACGAUGGUAUGGCUACAUCGUUUACCAUCUCCCGCCGACGGAGUAUGGUUCCCAUUUACAAGAAAUGGGAAGCUGCGGUGGCACGGGUCCAGAUCGUUCGACAAGAGAAAGUUGUUCAAAUGCUCGCUUUUUUCGGAGACUUCCAGCAUGGCACAUGUAUGAACUUUGUUCUUAAGGGUACUGAUAUCAUGGAGUCCUUUGGCCGGUCCGGCAAGUUCGGCAUUCGUAUGGUAGAUGCCAAGUUCGCACUGCCGAAGAAGGACGAUAAUCCAGCUUCCAACUUUGUGUGCCUCGAUAUGCCCGAGUAUCCCAUCGAACACGACGAUCUCACCAUUACGUUCGAUACAGAGGCUUCACGCGCCAGCUUCAAGGCAGCUCUUCCUGGAUCAGUGCGAGAACCAUCCCGCAUGGGCUCCAUCCCAUCUUUUAUCAUGUCGCAUUCUAGCGAAGCCAUUGGCGCGUCCACGCGCUCUCUGCAUGCCGAUGAUGCCCUGAACCUUGUUACUGAUGUCGCUCCUCCUAUGCAUCUCUCUACUACAUUUCGCUAUUCCAAUGAUCCAACCCAGCUAGUACCGGCUGCAGAUGCCACCCCUUCCGACUUUGAUGCAACCUCCCACAUCUACUCGCGCAUGUCCGCACCCAAUCCUACGCGCUUCGAAACAAUCCUCUCCUCCCUCCUACACGGCCAAGCUAUAAGCUACUCCUCCGGCCUAUCAGCCCUACAUGGCGUUCUCACUCUUCUCAACCCCCGUCGCAUCUCCGUCGGCGAGGGCUACCACGGCUGCCACGGCGUCAUCGCCCUCUUCACCCGCCUAACAGGCCUCCAAAAGCUCCCCCUCGACUGCCCACCUGAGCAACUAGAAAAAGGCGACGUAAUUCUCCUCGAAACACCCGUCAACCCCCAAGGCACCGCCUUCGACAUUGCCUCCUACGCCGCUAAAGCCCACGCCCGGGGUGCAUACCUCAUCGUCGACAGCACCUUCGCCCCACCAGGCCUGCAAGAGCCAUUCAAGUUCGGCGCAGAUAUUAUCAUGCACUCAGGUACCAAGUACUUCGGCGGCCACAGCGAUAUUCUGUGUGGUGUCCUCGCCACGAACCGCGACGACUGGGCCGCACAGCUCAAAUCCGACCGUCUCUUUAUUGGAACUGUCAUGGGUAGCAUGGAGGGCUGGCUGGGUGUCCGCAGCCUGCGCACAUUGGAGAUCCGCGUCCAGCGUCAGAGCGAGAAUGCCACCCGUCUCAUCUCCUGGCUUGAUGCUGCUCUGCAUGCACCCAACCCCAUGGCUGACAGCGACGAGGCAGCUGUGCAGGCUGUUCUUGGUGAGGUGCUCCAUGCCAGUCUGCAGAAGGUCGAGGGUGACUGGUUGAAGAAGCAGAUGCCUAAUGGGUUCGGACCUGUUUUUUCUAUUAUUAUGAAGGAGAUGCGCUUUGCUCGUGAGUUGCCGAGUAAAUUGCAUUUCUUCCAGCAUGCUACUAGUCUGGGCGGUGUUGAGACGCUUAUUGAGUGGAGGACUAUGACGGAUACGACAGUUGAUCGGAGGUUGUUGAGGAUUAGUAUUGGGUUGGAGAAUUGGGAGGAUUUGAAGGCCGAUUUGGCGAGGGCAUUCCCUUUCAACAACCUGUCAUUUCAGUCAUUUACUCAAUUCUCUCCAAUUAUACCCAUCAUGCCGGAAACAUUUACAAUCCACUACUUCGCAACAGCGUCCCAAUACACCUCCAAAAACACGGAAUCGCUCCGCGCGCCCCUGAAACUAUCCGCUCUGUUUGGCGAACUCGAGCAGCGAUACCCUGGCAUUGUUCACAAGGUCCUGUCUACUUGUGGCGUUAGUCUGAACGGGGAGUAUGUUGAUGUCGAGGAGGAUGGGGAGAUUGUUAUCCAGUCUGGGGGUGAGGUGGCUGUUAUUCCGCCUGUGAGUUCGGGUUAG